GGUAAGGUCCUGGAAGCUUUGUAUCUAUGUUUACAUCUAUGUCCUUGACAGGUUCUUAAGGUUGACGCACAAAGCAGAAUGUCUGAACAACUUCACACGCCCAGCUUGCUGACCCUUCAUUCCAAAUCACAUAAGGACAUAAUCCUUAAUAAAUUUGACACGCUGAGGAAAAGACAAAUACUUUGUGAUAUUACGCUCAUUGUAGAGGAUGUACAUUUUAAGGCACAUAAGGCACUGCUGGCUGCAAGCAGUGAAUAUUUCUCCUUAAUGUUUACUGCUGAAGAGCAGGCCUGUCAGACGGUGUAUAGGCUGGAUGGCAUGGCUGCAAAGACCUUUGCGUCUGUGCUUGAGUUCAUCUACUGUGCCAAUGUAUCGGUGGAGGAGAGCAGCACUGAGCAGCUGCUUGACGUGGCCCGCUUGCUAGAAAUAAGCGAGCUAGUCAAAGCUCAUUCAGACUUUCAACAUAGCAGUACAGCCUCAGCACCAAGUGUGUGCUCAGAAGUAGGUGAGGGUGACACAAGCAAAAACGAAACCGUUUCCAAGCGCAAAAGGGGACGGCCAAGGAAAAACACUAACCCCUUAGUACCAGGCUUAGUACUACUACCUCAGGAAUCAAGUGUAAAAAAGAACAGACUUCGUGAACCUGCUAAAUCUAUAGCAGAGUUAUCUGAGCCUACAUGCAACUCUAAUCCCAUUCUCAAUGACUCAGAUGAUGCUGAUUAUGAGCCAAGUGAGGAUAGACCUCGGCAUGGCAAGCGCCAAAUAAGACAGCCGGUGAAACUGAAAAGCUACAAGCUAGGAGAAGAAAUUGGUGAAGGAAAAGUGCUGGGAAAGAGAGGUAGAAAGAGAAAAUACCCAGCAACAGAACCACGCUGUGAUGACUGCGGCAAGGUUUUUAAAAACCAUCUGUUUUUAAAAAUACAUCAGCGAACUCAUACAGGAGAAAAACCGUUUCGGUGCCAUGUUUGUGGAAACUGCUUUACACAGAAACACACCCUGUUAGUUCAUCAGCGCAUGCAUACUGGUGAGAAGCCAUUUGUGUGCAAUAUUUGCUCUAAAGCUCUCUCCACAAAGCACUCCCUGCAGGAACAUAUGAACCUGCAUGCAGAAAAGAAAUCUUUUAGCUGUGACCAGUGUGGAAAAACCUACAGCCAAAAGAGGCAGUUAAAUAGUCAUUACCGGCUUCAUAGUGGAAAAGCAUUACCUGAGUGUGCAUAUUGUCACCACAAGUUUAAGGAUGCAGCACAACUUAAAAAGCAUCUGAGAACACAUACAGGUGAGAAACCUUUUACAUGUGAGAUUUGUGGAAAGUGUUUUACUACCAAGAGCACCUUGCAGACACACAUCAGAAUCCACAGAGGAGAAAAGCCAUAUGUGUGCAACAUCUGCAGCAAGUCCUUCUCUGAUCCGAGCGCCAGAAGACGCCAUGUUGCCUCUCACACAGGGAAAAAGCCCUACAUGUGCUCUGUGUGUAGUCUUUCUUUUACUCGUCUGGACAAUCUUAAAGCGCAUAUUAAAACUCACAAUAAAGAGCGGCCAGAUGUGGAGGGCACACAACUAACCACAGUGGAAACAAUGGCAGUAAAUGAGAAGAUUCACAAUGUCCUGGAACUGCAGCAGUACCAGGUCCCAGGUCACACUGAGCAGGAGAUCCAGUUAGUGGUUACUAGUGAAGUAGACAAUAUUAACCUAGUGGCAGGCCAGAAAGCGGGCAGCAUUAGCAUCAUCAGUGGUGAGAGUGGACCUGAGGAAAUGACAGCAGAAGCCCAGACCCAUUCCAGUCUCACUGUUCUCUCUCAUCCCUCUGCACAUAUUCAGAACCUGGCCUUGGUCACUCAGGAUGAACUAGAUCCCAGUGCACAAAUCCAGACCAUUAGUGUGGUUGAAGGCCAGGUGAGCAGCGAACAAGCUGAGCAGAUGCACGUCAUCACAUUGACUAAAGAGGCAAUGGAGCACUUUCAGGUUCAGCAUGGAGCUCCACAACAGCUGCAAAUUAAUUCACGGCCCCUUCAUCCGCUGCAGGUAAUCCAGCAAGCCAUACCUCAGCUUUCUGCUACACAGGAACCUCCUAGAGAACAGCACAACCAGAGUCACACAGGUGCUAUCCAUAUCAGCAGCCAAGCCAGCCUUCCAAUCUCUAUCAGCCAGACCAGUGAGCAGAUCCCCAACACUCAGAUCCAGGGACAGACCUUUCAAAUCCAGGCAGGUACAGUCUCAUACCUCUAUACCACAAGUCUCACCCCACAGAACUAGGAACAAAACAGAAUAAAAAAAAAUUAAUCAGGACUGCUCAGGAUCAUACUCAUGGGAACAGGACAAAUUAUUCUAUUCAUCAGUUGGAAUUGCAUGGGUUGGCUCAAAAAGUGAGGUUUUACUCAUGGGUUAAUAAUAACAGUUUAUACAAAAUGGCCAAGGAUCAAGCCUAAUUCAGCCCCACUGAUAACAAAAGACUUGCCACUUUAUUAAAUUAUAUGUCUACACUGAUCAGUAAUACAUUACACACCUGUGAUGGGAUGCGCAUCUGCCCACUAAACUGAAUUGUUAUACAAAGUUUUGGAUCAUAUAUAGAAAUUCUACUGAAACUGGUAUACAACUAAACACAGGGGCUGCAAGCUCUGUAAAUUUAAAACAAAAGAGUAAACCCAUACAUGUUCAGCUCAGAUGUGCAAUUCUACCUUUCAUCUAUCUUAUUAACAUUGAGGUCUCUAGAUGUUUUAGAGUUUUGCAUGUAUUUCUUUUUCCAAGUGUAUUUUGAUGUAUUUGUAUAAUAAAUUUUGUGUUUUUGUUUUCUAAAACAAGUCUCUCAGUUUGUCCAUGGUCUCAAUAUUGGAAUU